CACUGUUUUCAUGGUUUAACUGAAAUGGUCAUAAAUUAUUAUUUUAUGACAACACAAUAGUGUAUAAACACUGUAAAUGCACUUUAGACCAAUACACUACCUGUUGUUUAAAGGUAGAAUAAAAUGGGACCUAGAAUAGAUAGAACAAAGUGGGAGAAUAUAAUAUAGAAUAGAAUAGAACCGAAUAGAAUCCGGUACAUCAGCACUGAGUUUGGCCUUGUGGUGGAAACUACAGUAGAAUAUUGUUAUUCCACCCGUACGCAAUGAGGACGUCAGCAGACUGUCUGCAUCAGCACCACAGAGCAGAGAGGGCAUCAUUAGUUUCCAUGGCAACACCAACAUAGCCAGUGACGCAGGCAGUUGGAGAGAGAGAAAGUGAGAGAGAGGUGACUGGGUUUAGGGGAGAAGAAGCUGAAGCUGCUGUAACAACUGCAGUGCAGGUUGUGUAGGUGGUGAGUGUGUGUGUGUGUAGGUGUGACACUGUGGUGCGAUGUGAUUCAGAGGUAAAUCUCUGAAUCUUCAGAGUCUCAAAAGACAAAGGUUUCAUUUAUUGGAAAUGUUCACCUCAUAAUAGCCUUUCAAGAAAAUCAAAUGUCUCCUCCGUGCCAGUUUUGGAGCCUCACAGGAUGCAGUGUCCAGAAUGUGUGAGUCAUUUUGCAAACCAGGGGCGUGGGCUGCAGAGAGCGAAAAGGAAUGGAAAAAAAAGAAUGAAAAAAAAGAGGUGUUCCUUUAGAAUGGCUGAGAGAGGCUGAGAGAGUGUUGUCCUCUAAACCCAGGUAACUGUGUGUGUGUAAAAUACACUAACUCCUCGCUCUGCCAGAGAAGAGUCACACACACACACACACACACACACACACACACACGAGAGGGUAUAUAUUUAAACCUGACCGAGUAGAUAUAUGUUUUAUUUUUACUUCUCUUUUACUCUGAUUAUUAUUUUCAGUGUCCAUGUAUAUUUAAUGAAAAGUCAUUUUUCCAAACUGAGAUCUGAUUCAUCAUGAAAAGUUGAAGAAACCACACACGUUUUUUAAUCACUGCUGUGAGUGAACGUGUAUAUGUAUGUGUGUAUGCCGGGACAGUAGAUGGCAGUAUAAUCCACGCGUACUUGGAGUGUUGUUUCCUGUGAGCGGUGAACCAGAAGAAGAAGAAGAAGACAGCCGCCAGCUGCUAGUCAAGCUUUAAUAUUUAUUUUUGAGACAUUUUAACUCUAUGACAGACCCGAGGGAAAUGUCCAAUAAGAGGAAAGUCAUUGUAACAGGCUUUGAGCCUUUUGGAGAACACGCAGUAAACUCCAGCUGGGUGGCAGUGCAGGAAUUGGAACAAUUAGGACUGGGCGAGGCUGUAGAACUUUAUGUACGUGAGGUACCUGUCGAUUACCAGGCUGUUGAGAGGCUGCUGCCAUCACUGUGGAAAGAGCUGCAGCCACAGUUAGUAGUCCAUGUUGGUGUUUCUGGAUUAGCGACCACAGUCACUCUGGAGCAGUGCGGCCACAACAGGGGUUACAAACGCCUGGACAACUGCAGCUUCUGCCCAGCGUCUCAGUGCUGCAUGGAGAACGGAUCCGACUGCAUAGACUCAGUGCUGGACAUGGAGUUAGUCUGCAGAAGGGUCAAUGACUCUGACAUUGGGGUGACCGUGUCUGUAUCUAAAGACGCUGGAAGGUAUCUGUGUGACUACACCUACUACACGUCUUUGUAUCUUGGGCGGGGCCACUCUGCCUUCGUCCAUGUGCCACCUUUAGGAAAACCCUACAGCAGCCGGGACCUGGGCCGAGCCCUUCAGGCUGUCGUACAGGAGAUGCUGAGCCUACUGGAGCUGGAUUGUACUGAGGAGGAGCGUAAAACACAAUGAGCUCUGCAAUCAUACGCAUCAACACUGCAUGGCCUCUAAAAAUAGUGACCGUCUCACAACCUGGAGACUUUCAAAAAAUGGGACCACUGGGUUGUUGUCAUGAUUUAAUCAAUGCAACAUCCACAGUAUAGUUUCAGAAUGACUGAAGACCAGAUAUUAAUGCCAUAAAUUUGCCAUGUGUUGUCAACUUGUGUCUGAACACCCUGACAACAGCUUCUGUUUUUGUCGUCGUUCUGUGCAAAUGUGGGUUUGAAUAUACUGUAUCUAUGAUGUCACCAGUGGAUAUUAGGUAGAUCUCAACUCAACAAACUUUUUGGGCAUUAUCAUUAUUAUUAUUAUUAUUAUUAUGACAUGAGGUAAAAACCUCACAAAGUUGUGUGUCUAUAACUAUAAGUUAUAUAGUGACACACUGUGUGUGGUAACAUUUGCACUUACUUUAACUUCUUACCAGUUUCCUGUUGGUAUGAAUUAUUGGAGUUAGGUCAUUGUUCCCUUUUAUAACAAGAGAAAUUAGAUCUAAUCCACAGUUAUCUUCACUUGUUUAUCUCAGGGAAUAUUAUAUUGCAUAUGCAAUCAGUAUUUGCAGUUGUAUUAACUCAUUGUGUCUGUGUCUGUAGUGUAACUUUGCAAAGCAAAGCUAGUUUGAAUCUCUGAAACACUGAAACACUUCACUGUAAUGCACUAAAGGUUUAAUUUUUUUGUCAACUGAACUCUAGUCCUGAAUAAAGAGUUAAUUUAUGUUUUUAAUUUAUGUUUUUAACCACUAAUACUGUUAAUUAAAUUGAUCUACUCUUACAUGACAGUACAAUCCAAUGACCCAUCACUACAAAUCUAUAUUUAGAUCAAGAUACAACAGAAACAUGGCCAUUUGGAUAUAGCAUAUAGGUUGCGUUUGAGACCGCUUUCUCCUUCUAGUGAAUGAAGAUAUCCUUUAUUUUAUUUUAUUUUUUGUUUAAUUGAGCUAAUUUGCCCCUUAAACACAAACUUCAGGCCUGGAGUGAUAAUAUCAGCAAAGAAAAGACUUGUGUACUAAAUGUAACCACACCAAGUAACUAGUCAUAAAACAAACAUUGUUUAAAGGAA